CCCGUCCUUCCGCCCCAACCUCGGAAACGGAAGUGACCUUGCUGCACACUUCCGGUCGGGCUCCGGGAGGUGGAAGCAGCUUUGCGGACGUGUACCUGUGGUAUGAUAUGUGCAAAGACUCUGCCUGCUUUUUGACCAUGAAGGAGACAGACCUGGAGGCUGUUGCAACAGCAGUCCAAAGGGUUGCUGGGAUGCUUCAGCGCCCAGACCAGCUGGACAAAGUGGAGCAGUAUCGCAGAAGGGAGGCUCGGAAGAAGGCUUCUGUGGAGGCCAGGCUAAAGGCUGCAAUCCAGUCACAGCUAGAUGGGGUGCGCACAGGCCUGAGCCAGCUCCACAGUGCCCUGAACGAUGUCAAGGAUAUCCAGCAGUCACUGGCAGAUGUCAGCAAGGACUGGAGGCAGAGUAUCAACACCAUUGAGAGCCUCAGAGACGUAAAGGAUGCAGUGGUGCAGCACAGCCAGCUGGCCGCAGCUGUGGAGAACCUCAAGAAUAUCUUCUCUGUGCCUGAGAUUGUGAGGGAAACCCAAGAUCUCAUCGAGCAAGGGGCUCUCCUGCAGGCUCACCGGAAGCUAAUGGACUUGGAGUGCUCGCGGGAUGGGCUAAUGUGUGAGCAGUACCGCAUGGACAGUGGUAAUAAACGGGACAUGACCCUCAUUCAUGGCUACUUUGGUAAUACACAGAACCUCUCUGAUGAGCUGGCUAAGCAGCUGUGGAUGGUGCUGCAAAGAUCACUGGUCACUGUCCGCCGCGAUCCCACCUUGCUGGUUUCCGUUGUCAGAAUCAUUGAAAGGGAAGAAAAAAUUGACAGGAGGAUACUUGAUCGAAAAAAGCAAACUGGGUUUGUUCCUCCUGGGAGGCCCAAAAACUGGAAGGAAAAAAUGUUUGCCAUCUUGGACAGAACUGUGACAACUAGAAUUGAAGGUACACAGGCAGACACCAGAGAGUCUGACAAGAUGUGGCUUGUGCGCCACCUGGAGAUCAUCAGGAAGUAUGUCCUGGAUGAUCUCAUCAUUGCUAAGAACCUGAUGGUCCAGUGCUUCCCUCCCCACUAUGAGAUCUUUAAGAACCUCCUGAGCAUGUACCACCAGGCCUUGAGCACUCGAAUGCAGGACCUCGCGUCAGAGGACCUUGAGGCCAAUGAGAUCGUGAGCCUCUUGACAUGGGUCCUAAAUACCUAUACCAGUGCAGAGAUGAUGGGGAAUGUGGAACUAGCCCCAGAAGUGGACGUUAGUGCCCUGGAGCCUCUACUCUCUUCAAAUGUGGUCUCUGAGUUGCUUGACACAUACAUGUCAACACUCACGUCCAACAUCAUUGCCUGGCUUCGGAAGGCACUGGAAACAGACAAGAAAGACUGGAGCAAAGAGACAGAGCCAGAAGCAGACCAGGAUGGCUACUAUCAGACUACACUGCCUGCCAUUGUGUUCCAGAUGUUUGAACAGAAUCUUCAGGUUGCUGCUCAAAUAAGUGAAGAUUUGAAAACAAAGGUACUGGUUUUGUGUCUUCAGCAAAUGAAUUCUUUCCUAAGUAGAUACAAAGAUGAAGCCCAGCUUUACAAAGAAGAACACCUGAGAAACCGGCAACACCCACACUGUUACGUGCAGUACAUGAUUGCCAUCAUCAACAACUGCCAGACCUUCAAAGAAUCCAUCGUCAGUCUGAAAAGGAAGUACCUAAAAACUGAGGCAGAGGAGGGCCCAUGUCUGAGUCAGCCAAGCAUGGAUGGGAUUCUAGAUGCUAUUGCUAAGGAAGGCUGCAGCAGUCUGCUAGAGGAAGUCUUCCUGGAUCUAGAGCAACAUCUGAAUGAGCUGAUGACAAAGAAGUGGCUGUUGGGGUCAAAUGCUGUGGACAUCAUCUGUGUCACUGUAGAAGACUAUUUCAAUGACUUUGCCAAAAUUAAAAAGCCAUAUAAAAAGAGGAUGACAGCUGAGGCACACAGGCGUGUGGUGGUGGAAUACCUUCGGGCUGUCAUGCAGAAGCGUAUCUCCUUUCGAAGUGCUGAAGAGCGCAAGGAGGGUGCUGAGAAGAUGGUCAGAGAGGCUGAGCAACUCCGCUUCCUGUUCCGGAAGCUGGCAUCUGGAUUUGGUGAAGAUGCGGAUGGACACUGUGAUACAAUUGUUGCAGUGGCAGAGGUUAUUAAGCUCACAGACCCUUCUCUGCUUUAUCUAGAAGUCUCGACUCUGGUCAGCAAAUAUCCAGACAUCAGAGAUGACCACAUUGGUGCACUGUUGGCGGUGCGAGGAGAUGCCAGCCGGGACAUGAAACAGACUAUCAUGGAGACACUGGAACAGGGCCCCAUGCAAGCAAGCCCCAACUAUGUGCCCAUUUUCAAGGAGAUCGUUGUGCCAAGUCUGAAUGUGGCAAAACUCCUUAAGUAGCCCUGUCCUCCACUGCCUCGUGUGUCUUCACUAUGUGUCUUCCUGUUGCCACCCUAAGAAGCAAAUGUAUUAAAACAAAAGUCCUUCUCUGGGGGCUCAGUAUAUCGUCA